AUGCCUCCAACAAGAAAUGGACGUAUUCAACCUCAAUUUAAUACUGGUAAGGCGAAACAGUAUCAAAAGUUGAAAUCACAAAAGAGAUUGAGAACUCCUUUUGCCAACUUUGUUAGGGAUCCUUAUAUACAACUCGAGAAUGAGCUUCAAAGAGAAAGGUCAUAUUUACAGCUCAUUUUGGAGCAUAUAGAUAAUCAAAAAUUAAAAUUGAAAACCGAAGAAGCAGUUUUACUUACAAUACUUGAUAAUCACAAUCAAAAAAAAACUACCAAUGACAUAUUAAUUCCUAUAUCAACCAAUAACUCUUAUAUUGGUGAGGAGGGUAAUCAGAUAAUUGACAAUAAUAUUAUACCAGAAUUCAUCAAUUCAAUAAAUGUUCAACCAUUUUCACGUCAAAGUUCACCUGAAUUAAGUGACAAUGCAUUACCGGAUUCGUAUAUUAAUAAAAUUACCUUUAAUCCAUCAAAUACAUAUGAAGAUCAAACUAUAAAUUGGAACGAUAAGGGAUCAAGUAUUUUAAAUGAACGUCAAAGUAAUAUAAUAAAUUCUAAUUCAACAGAUAUUGAGAUAGCAAAUGCAUUGUCUAUUUUGGAAAAUAUGUCGGAUGACGAAGAUGAAGAAGACGACGACAAUAUAAAAUUAGAUGAGAUGUCUCCAACAGAGACGGUAAACACAAAUGAAGAUCGCGACGAAUACAUUAGUGAUGAAUGUGAAGAAGCAUUAUCCAAAAUGUUGGCCGAUUAUUCAUAG